CCUGGGCAAUUCUGAUGGAAUGAAUAUUAUGUUGUGCCUAGUUGUGAUGUACCACUAUUAUAUUUAUUCAAUCUCCGACAUAGGUCGUUCAUUCACUCUUGUUAUUUUUUAUUCUUUUACUAUUUCUUUUGUAUUGGAUAUAUCAAAAAGAAAAAAGAAGAAUGAGUCCUAUUGGUACUAUCAAAUCUUAUCCUAACAACCCUCGUGUUGCGAAAGCUCAGAUUGCUGCUGCCUACAAUGGUUUAGACAUUAAUGUCGAAGAAUUCGAUCUUUCAACCCAAAGAACUCCUGAAUUCUAUGCCAAGUUCCCUAUGGGUAAAGUCCCUGUUUUCGAAUCUGCUGAAGUCAACCUUUUUGAAUCUUCCGCGAUUGCUUAUUAUGCCGCUGCUCUCAAGGAAGACUCUCCUAUCUUGGGUAAGAAUGCUGUUGAAAAGGCCUUGAUUUUCCAAUGGGUUCUCUUUUCUGAAAACGAAAUUACUUCCAACACUUCAAAUUGGAUGCUUCCUCUUCGUGGUAUUAUCCCUUAUAUGAAGCCUAAUGUUGAUGCUGCUGCAAAUAACCUCAAACGUGCUUUAGCUGCUUUGGAUAAGAUUUUGUUGACCAAGACCUACCUUGUUGGUCACCAAGUGACCUUGGCCGAUAUUGCUGUUGUCACUGCACUUGUUAACUCUUAUGUCUUUUUGCUCGAUAAGGCUGCUCGUGCUGAAUUCAAGAACGUUACUCGUUAUUUCAAGACUGUUAGUGCUCAACCUCUUUUCAAGAAAUACCUUGGUGAAAUUACCCUCUGUGAAACUCCCUUAAAGUAUAAUCCCCCUAAGAAGGAAAAGAAGCCUGCUGCUACUAAGGAGGAGACCCCCAAGAAGGAAAAGAAGGAAGCUGCCGCCAAGGAGGAUGCUGAAGAGCCCAAGCCUGCUCCUAAGCCCAAGUCCAAGUUGGACUUGUUACCUCCCUCUCCUUUCAUCUUGGAUGCUUGGAAGCGUGAAUACUCUAACAAUGAUACCAAGGAUGCUAUCAAGUGGUUCUGGGAACACUUUGAUCCCGAGGGUUAUUCCAUCUGGAAGGUCGACUACAAGUACAACGACGAAUUGACCUUGACUUUCAUGUCCAACAACUUGAUUGGUGGUUUCUAUGCUCGUCUUGAACGUGCUCACAAGUACGCCUUUGCCUCUAUGAUUGUUCGUGGUGAAAAUAACAAGAAUACUAUCUCUGGUUACUUUGUCAUUCGUGGCCAAGAAGUUCCCUUCGAAAUCUAUGAUGCUGCCGAUUAUGAAUCUUACAACUUCCAAAAGAUUGAACCUUCUCAAUAUGAAGAAAAGAAGGAAGAAAUCUACAAGUACUUUGCUUGGGACUUUGAAGACUGUGUUGAUGGUAAGGUCUUCAAAUAAAUAGUAUAUCCUUUUUUUUUCGCAAUCUGUUAAAAAAAAAAACGAAAUAAUUCCUUUUUUUUUGUCAAAUAAACAUCUAAUGUACACAUUU